AUGGCCCCGCCACCAACGACCUACCAACCCAUCCAGCCCGCUUCUGUCAAACGAGAGAGGGACGGAGUUUUCUCCGGCCCACGUUCAGGGCCGUCGUCGAUCUUCAGCGGGGGGAGCCGCCGGCAGACGAAACGCCUCAAGGCCGUCACCCAGGCCUGCCACACGUGUCGGCGUUUCAAAGCUAGAGUAAGCAACCUCCGUUAUCACCGGUGUGAUGGCGCGCGUCCGAGAUGCGGAGGAUGCGCUUCCAAGGACAAACCUUGCGGCUACGAGGGAGAGGAGGGCCAGUCCCUUCAGGCGGCUAAGCAAGCGCGCCUCGAAGCGCUUGAGAAACUGAUGAGAGCGCUGCAGUACAAGUCCAGCGAGGAGGCCGAAGAGCUGCUACAGCGCAUCCGUACCGGAGAUGAUCCCGCCGUCGUCCUCGGCGGUACCGAUAGCGGCGGCGAAUCUCAAAGCCCUCCGGCAGCCGUCGCUCCAAGCGUGACGGAAUCUGGCUCUGGCUCCAGCAACAGCAGGCUGUCCGGCCCCGUCACUUCCAUUGCCGGCUCUCGGACAGGUUCCGUGGAUUCAUGGGCGCCGACAUCUUCCCCCUCGACGUUGGUGGCUUUAUCCGUGUCAGCAAGGCUACACGACCCGGUGAACUUGUAUCUCGCUGCCCUCCCCAGUGCAAAAACAAUGUGGGCUGGUGUCCAGAGCUUCUACAGCUCGAGCGGCAAACUGUUUCAUGUCUUCACAGUCGAACAGGUCAAUCAGCAUCAUAGGGCAGUGUUCGGUUUGGACAACCGCCCCAAGCUUGACGAACGGGUCUCUAUUGGCUGCCUCGCCAUCGUCGCAGCCAUCGGUGUCCAAUACAACCCCAAUGAGUUCGAAAAAGGGACAGAUGAACUUCUCUAUUCUGCUGCUCGCCUGUUGUACACGGAUGUCCUCGAGUUUGGGCCCUUGCUGGCCAUCAAAGUCUGCACCUUGCUUGCCAUGUACAAUAUCAACAACAAGGGGACUGUUGCUCUGGCAUACAUCGAGACAGGACUUACCAUGUGCCACCGACAAAGCGACACUGCUGGAGUCUGCAACGCCGACCAGUUGACCGAGCAGGAAUGGGUUGAGUUCAGAAAAACUUGGAGGACUUUGAUGUUCUUCAACAGCUGGCUUGCCUCUACCCUUGGCUACAUCUCCGGCGCUGAUGACUCGGCUUUUGAGAAAGUGGUGCCACUUGCAGAGAACGAAGUCGACAUUUACACAAAGGAACUUGGGGAGAGGAUUCAAACCGAAAUGACCAAGAUAUCCUUACUCAAGGCAGGAAUCUUGAAGAAUCGUCUGGCUUACAAAGACAUCACCACCGGCGGUAUGGAUGGUAUCAUCAAGCAGCUUGAGGACUGGCACGGAAAGCUCCCAUCCGAUAUGCAACUGACAAACCUAGGCAACUUCAACAUCUCACCGCAUGCCCGUUGGUCCAUUUACCAUAUUCAUCUACUCUACCUUGGUGCUUUCAUACUGGUCUAUCGCAGGCUAGCUGCCCAGACGAUUCGGUCUAUCAAGGCAGGGGACGAGAGUCUCCUAGACACCAAUAAUUCCACUGUUAUCAAGCUGGUCAAAUUGGGUGUGGAGGCAGGCAGGGACUCCGCUCGGAUCCUUGGGCUCCUCUACGCUGAUAGAGGCAUUUUCAAGCGCUGCUGGCUGGUCAUCUUCCAAACCCACACAUCAUGUGUCGUUAUCCUGCACUCGGCCGCCCAGAAGAUGCUUCAUAAGCAUCCCGAGUUAUCGUGGACUGAGGACAUGAACAGGGCCCGAGGCUGCCUCGAUGUCCUUCGCUACUGCGGAACCAUUGAUCCCGUCGCCCUGCGCUUCCUUAUCAGAUUGUCCAGUAUUUACGAAAAGCUCCUGGAAUUCGGUGAAACAUGCCGAUCUGACAGACAACGGAUUGAGGACUGGGUUCCUCCGCCACCCGACCUUGUGGAAGACCCUGCAGCCACCCCGGAGCCGGAGGUGUCCAGCAAUACCUCUGAACACCCCAGCGCCCCGUCGGAAAAGUGGGAGUAUCUGCUCCGCAUCCCCAAGGACGCCGACCCUGACCUGGCCAAGCUAUCCGUCUCACUUCUCUACGCGCUUUGCCGGCCCUGGGGAGACCCUAACGCUCGCGGUACCGCCGAGCCCACCACCGUCACGCAGCCGUGCAAAUCCGAGAUGCUCGAGCGAGGUUUACCUUCGGAGAAACCCAACUUCUUCUCUAGCGAUGUUGACUGGAGCCGCGAGGGGGCAUCGGCUCCCUUCCGAUGGGACACAAGAAGCAUGGGUAUUUGCGGCAUCAACAACAAGGUCACGUCCAAGAUUGUUCCGCCCAAGAUGGGGCCAGAGGUGAUGUUUUUGGGAAGCGAGGAGCCGAACGGGUGGUCACCGGCACAUGAUGUGGAGAUUUAUGAGGAUGAAUGA